CUGAAGUUCACAGGAUGAGUCUGAGUGUGGAUGAAGAGGAGGACGGAGCAGAGUUAUCCCAUGAUACAAACAGGGGGGGGCAUGGAGAUUUUUCAUCCUCCGAAGGGGAGCCUGAGAGAAAAAGACUGAGAACCAGUGCCAUAAAGGAACCUCCAGGGGGCAGUAAUGAACCAGGACCCUCUGAUCCACAAGGUCAGUAUAACAGACCCAGAGCAGAGUGUCCAGUGUCCACAUGUCUGUCCAUGAAGAGUGAGCGGUCCAAGAAACAUCCUCCAGAGUUUAGUCCUGAACCUGGACCUUCAGACACAGAAGAGACGGAGAGGACUCAUGUUCCUGAGGUGAACCCAGCGUCCUGUUCUUUGUGUCAGAAGGUCCAGAGUGAUCUGGUCCAGACCAGCUGUGGACACUGGUUGUGCAGACAGUGCAUCACUUCAUACUGGGACCAGUCUGGUUCAUCAGGAGACUCCUCCUGUCCCCAGUGUGAAGAAACAUCCAGAACAAGAGCUGAGCUGCAGAUCCACAGCUCUGUCCAAAUUGAACAUAAACUCAGUCUGAGGAGCAGAUGUGAAUGUGUGACUGAAGGAACUGAGGAAACAGGAAGUAGAACCCGUCUAAACCGGAUCUACACUGAGCUCUACAUCACAGAGGGACAGAGUGAAGACGUUCAUACCCAACAUGAGGUGAGGACGCUGGAGACAGUUUCCAAGAAGAUCAUCCAAGAAAGGCCAAUCAGGUGUCAGGACAUCUUCAAAGCCUUACCCGAGCAGCAGACACCCAUCAGAGUGGUUCUGACCAACGGCGUGGCUGGAGUUGGAAAAACCUUCUCGGUGCUGAAGUUCACUCUGGACUGGGCCGAGGGUUUAGAAAACCAGGACGUCAGUCUGGUGGUUCCGCUGUCCUUCAGAGAGCUGAACCUGGUCUCAGAUGAGCAGUACAGUCUGCUGACGCUGCUCCAUGUUUUCCAUCCAACAUUACAGAAGGUCACAGCAGAACAGAUCAGUGUCUGCAAACUUCUGUUCAUCUGCGACGGCCUGGAUGAAAGCAGACUGUCACUGGAUUUCCACCACUGUCAGGUUGUUUCAGACGUCACUCACAAGUCAUCAGUCAACGUCCUGUUGACCAACCUCAUCAAGGGGAACCUGCUUCCAUCAGCUCUCAUCUGGAUAACAUCUAGACCUGCAGCAGCCAAUCAGAUCCCUCCUUCAUGUGUGGACAGGGUAACAGAGGUCCGAGGCUUCACCACUGAUGACCAGAAGGAGGAGUACUUCAAGAAGAGAUCCACUGAUGAAGAUCUGUCCAACAAAAUGAUCUCACACAUCAAGACAUCCAGGAGCCUCCACAUCAUGUGUCAAAUCCCAGUCUUCUGCUGGAUCAGUUCUACAGUUCUGGAGCACAUGUUGACUUCAGACCAGAGAGAAGAGCUGCCCAAGACCCUGACAGACCUGUACUCACACUUCAUCAUGGUCCAGACAAAGAGGAAGAACAAGUACAAAAAAGGACAUGAAACAAGUCUAGAAGAGCUGACAAAGGCAGACAUGGAAGUCCUUCUGAAGUUGGGGAGGCCGGCGUUUGAACAACUGGAGAAAAGAAACAUGAUGUUCUACCAAGAAGACCUGGAUCAGUGUGGUCUGGACGUCACAGAGGUCUUGGUGUACUCAGGAGUUUGUACAGAGAUCUUCAAAACAGAGACUGUAAUCUUCCAGAAAACAAUCUACAGCUUUGUUCACCUGAGUGUUCAGGAGUUUCUGGCUGCAGUCUACAUCUACCACUGUUACACCAGCAACAACACAGAGGUUCUGGAGAGGUUUCUGGGAGACCAGGACAAGGGCUUAAAAUCAGUUUUUCAGAAAAUGUUCAGGUAUUUCACAGUCAGUGACAGCCUCAGUGACAGCCUGGAUGUUUUCCUCAGUAAAGUCAUGAUAAAAUCCCUUCAGAGUGAGAACGGACACCUGGAUCUGUUUGUUCGUUUCCUUCAUGGCCUCUGUCUGGAGUCCAACCACAGACUUUUAGGAGGUCUGCUGGGUCCAAAAGAGAACAGACCAGAGAGCAUCCAUGAAGUCAUCAAGAACCUGAAGCAGAUGAACAUUAAGGACAUCUGUCCUGACAGAAGCAUCAACAUCUUCCACUGUCUGACGGAGAUGAAGGACCAAACAGUCCAUCAGGAGAUCCAAGAGUUCCUGAAGUCAGAGAACAGAUCAAAGAAGAAACUGUCUGAGAUCCAGUGUUCAGCUCUGGCCUACAUGUUGCAGAUGUCAGAGGAGGUUCUGGAUGAACUGAACCUGCAGAAGUACGACACAUCAGAUGAAGGAAGACACAGACUGAUCCCAGCUGUGAGGAACUGCAGAGAGGCCGAACUUUAUGGCUGUGGACUCUCACAGACUCACUGUGAAGUUGUGGCCUCAGCUCUGAAGUCUAAUCCUUCACAUCUGAGACUUUUGGAUCUGAGUCACAACAACCUACAGAACUCAGGAGUGAAACUGGCGUCUGGACUGGAGAGUCCAAACUGCAGACUGGAAACUCUGAGGUUGAUUAACUGCAGUUUAUCACAGAUCAGCUGUUCUUCUGUGGCCUCAGCUCUGAAGUCCAAUCCUGCACAUCUGAUAAAACUGGAUCUGAGUGAAAACAACCUCCAGAAUUCAUCAGUGAAGGAGCUGUGUGAUUUCCUGCAGAGUCCACAUUGUAAACUACAGGAUCUGAGGUUGAGUAACUGCAGUUUAUCACAGAUCAGCUGUUCUUCUGUGGCCUCAGUUCUGAAGUCCAAUCCUUCACAUCUGAUAAAACUGGAUCUGAGUGGAAACAACCUCCAGGAUUCAUCAGUGAAGGAGCUGUGUGAUUUCCUGCAGAGUCCACAUUGUAAACUACAGGAUCUGGGGUUGAAUAACUGCAGUUUAUCACAGAUCAGCUGUUCUUCUGUGGCCUCAGUUCUGAAGUCCAAUCCUUCACAUCUGAUACAACUGGAUCUGAGUGGAAACAACCUCCAGGAUUCAUCAGUGAAGGAGCUGUGUGAUUUCCUGCAGAGUCCACAUUGUAAACUACAGGAUCUGAGGUUGAGUAACUGCAGUUUAUCACAGAUCAGCUGUUCUUCUGUGGCCUCAGUUCUGAAGUCCAAUCCUUCACAUCUGAUAAAACUGGAUCUGAGUGGAAACAACCUCCAGGAUUCAUCAGUGAAGGAGCUGUGUGAUUUCCUGCAGAGUCCACAUUGUAAACUACAGGAUCUGGGGUUGAAUAACUGCAGUUUAUCACAGAUCAGCUGUUCUUCUGUGGCCUCAGUUCUGAAGUCCAAUCCUUCACAUCUGAUACAACUGGAUCUGAGUGGAAACAACCUCCAGGAUUCAUCACUGAAGGAGCUGUGUGAUUUCCUGCAGAGUCCACAUUGUAAACUACAGGAUCUGAGGUUGAUUAACUGCAGUUUAUCACAGAUCAGCUGUUCUUCUGUGGCCUCAGCUCUGAAGUCCAAUCCUUCACAUCUGAUAAAACUGGAUCUGAGUGAAAACAACUUCCAGGAUUCAGGAGUGAAGGAGCUGUGUGAUUUCCUGCAGAGUCCACAUUGUAAACUACAGGAUCUGAGGUUGAAUUACUGCAGUUUGUCCAAAAUCAGCUGUUCUUAUCUGGCAGCAGCUCUGAAGUCCAAUCCUUCACAUCUGAUAAAACUCUACUUAUGUGAGAACAACCUGAAGGAUUCAGAUGUUAAAGAACUGGAGGACCUUGUUCAGAGUCCACACUGUAAACUGGAGACACUAUGGAGGUGGUGAUCUGUGGAACAGUCACUGUGAUCAGGACUGUGUGAGGAUCAGCUGAGUCCAGAUGAUCGACAGAUGUGAAAGCAGCAGCACAUCCUCACUUCUUCUCCUCCACUCCUCACUUCUUCUCCUCCACUCCUCACCCCUCCCUCUGAUGAUGUCACAGAAGGUGAGGCAGACUUCCUUUAGCUCCGCCUCCUCGGUCCAUCAUGUGACUUUAAAGGCGGUGAAACAUCCUUCCAGAUGAUUCUCUGAGAUGGAUUCAUGAGGAACCACGAAGCACCGAGGAGUGGAGGAGCUGAAAAAGAAGGAACUGACCAGAGGUUUUUCAUUGGAUGUACAGUCAGUGAACCAGUGUGUUCUGUGGAUGGCACUGAGUUAUUUUGUGCUGCCACCCUGUGGACUAAUGGAGAACUACACUGUAUACCUGAAAACUGGACCUGUGAUCAGGCAAGGGACUAUUUUUGGUCAUUUCUGAAUACAUUAUAAGACAGUGACAUCAGCAAUUCCAGAGAGGACAGUGAGUCCACAAUCUGAGGUUCAAUGUGGUCUACUGGGGUCUGUCAGGUCCA